CAGAUUACAGUUUAAUCCGAGGAGGAAGAUGCACUGACGGUGUCUGCAUGUAGCAGAGACUUGCUGUAUAGGCACACUAAACAAACGCGACUUACGUGCUGCUGUAAUUUUUCUGCAAUAAUCGGCCGGCACGUAGAAGAUGAAACGCCAGUCUUCCGUGUCUGUCUUUGCCUGUUCGCCGACUUGCCAAUACGUUAAAUUGUUAGCUGGCUAACUAGCUGAAAAAGAGUAACUAAAUCGGAUUAGCUGCUAACGGCAGCCUUCCUCCAGGUAAUAUCCAGGUAGUGUUUGCUGUUCUUGACAACUAUUACACAGCAGUAAACGACCUGUUUUUUAUGUGUAUUAUAAUUCUGCUUUUGUGUCAACGUUACUACUUUGUGCUGUAAUUAGUCGCUAGAAUACAUGUUGCUGCAAGCUAGCUAGGUUAUUAGCCAGUCAGACCACAAGAGCUGGGGCUCCUUCGCUAGCUAAUAUUUGCUGUUUGUUGGAAAGAGCAAACAUAAAAUUAGUGCCUCCAACCACAACCGAAAGUCAAGACGGAGCUGACGGCCACGCUGGUGUGCUAGCUUGUCCUCGGGCUAGCUGGCAAGAGAGCUGCAGAAGACUUUAUCCCAGAAAUUAGCCCUCAGACGAAGCAAGGAUGUCAGGAAAGGAUAAAGACAAAGACAAACAGGAGAAACAGUCCACAACGGAGCGGCUGAUAAAAGCUGUGCCAUACCCUCCACAACAUAAGCUGACUGUAAAAGAGCUUUUUGAAGAUGGCAAGCCCAACGCUGAGCUGCUCCGUAACCACCUUGUCAAGGAGGGCAGGGUGGAAGAGGAUGUGGCUCUGAAGAUCAUCAAUGAUGGAGCCAAUAUUCUCCGCCAAGAGAAGUGCAUGCUGGAAGUGGAGGCGCCUAUAACAGUAUGUGGUGAUGUCCAUGGCCAAUUCUUUGACCUUAUGAAGUUGUUUGAAGUGGGGGGAUCACCCAGUAACACACGGUACCUCUUUCUCGGUGACUACGUAGAUCGAGGAUACUUCAGUAUUGAGUGUGUUCUCUACCUCUGGUCGCUCAAGAUCAACCACCCCACCACACUCUUCCUCCUGCGUGGGAACCACGAGUGCCGGCACCUCACAGAGUACUUCACCUUCAAACAGGAAUGUAAAAUUAAAUACUCUGAACGGGUGUAUGAUGCCUGUAUGGAGGCCUUUGACUGCCUGCCCCUUGCUGCCCUGCUCAACCAACAGUUCCUGUGUGUGCAUGGCGGACUCUCACCAGAAAUCAACUGCCUAGACGACAUUAGGAAAUUAGACAGGUUUAAAGAGCCUCCAGCAUUUGGGCCAAUGUGUGACCUGAUUUGGGCUGACCCUGGUGAGGACUAUGGCAGUGAAAAGACAUCUGAACACUUCAACCAUAACUCCGUCAGAGGCUGCUCUUACUUUUUCAGUUACUCAGCAGUGUGUGACUUUUUGGUAAAUAACAACUUGCUGUCGGUAAUAAGAGCCCAUGAAGCACAGGAUGCAGGGUAUCGGAUGUACAGAAAAAGUCAGACCACAGGCUUCCCUUCAUUAAUCACAAUCUUUUCAGCUCCAAAUUACCUAGAUGUGUACAACAACAAAGCUGCUGUAUUAAAAUAUGAGAACAACGUGAUGAACAUCCGACAGUUCAACUGCUCACCCCACCCUUACUGGUUGCCCAACUUUAUGGAUGUGUUCACAUGGUCGUUGCCUUUUGUUGGAGAGAAAGUGACAGAGAUGCUGGUGAAUGUGCUGAACAUUUGCUCUGACGAUGAGCUCAUGUCAGAAGGAGAUGACCUAUAUGAAGGUGGAACCUCAGCGAUGCGUAAGGAGGUCAUCAGGAACAAGAUUCGUGCUGUGGGGAAAAUGGCCCGCGUCUUCUCAGUGCUCAGGGAGGAAAGCGAGAAUGUACUAACACUCAAAGGCCUGACCCCAACUGGAACUCUUCCUCUGGGCGUGUUGUCAGGGGGAAAGCAGACCUUACAGACUGCUACGGUUGAGGCAGCUAAAGCAAAAGGCUUCUCUCCCACACGGAAGAUUCGUAACUUUGAGGAGGCACGCGGCCUGGACAGGAUAAACGAGAGGAUGCCGCCUCGCAAAGAUGGCCAGCAGCCAGAUGGCACGACAAUCAAUACCAACACCCCAAACAAGAACGGCACUGAUGGAUAGGCAACAGACACAACACACUCCCGUCCUCACACAGCCCACACACAUCAUAGCCCCAGCCACUUCCUCUCUCUCUCUCUCUCUCUCUCUCUCUCUCUCUCUCUCUCUCUCUCUCUCUCUCUCUCUCUCUCUCUCUCUCUCUCUCUCUCUCUCUCUCGCUCUCUCUUUCCAUCUGUCUCCUCUCCUGAAACUGCCUGUCCAUCUUCUGCUCACCCGCAGUCAGGCAGGGAAAGAAGCGGACACAAACAAAAAAAAGGCCACAUUGCUGAGAAAAUAACUUCCAGCUGCUGAGAAAAAAAAACAUAUGGUGUGUUAUCUGGCGGAAAAUCUAAUCUUAUUUAUUAAAAAUGGAAUAUAUUAGAUAUAUUAUGUAAUAGCAACAAGUCAUUGAGUCAAGACAUUUCGCAGUUGUUCAAAUGUAUACUUUACACUGAAGUCCUAACUUGUACAUGUCAAACUUACAAAGAAGAGACUUUUAUAAAUUUGAGUUGACAUAGAUAGAUGAAGCCCUUGCUAUCCAGGAGUUUUAGGUUUUUUUUAUUGUUGUUCUCCAUGUGUUCGGGAAGGGAAAAUUUGAGGUACAAAUACUAUAUUCUCAACAGCCUCAUUUGGCUCUUGCAAGGAAAUUUUAGACAUGUGAGGUUCUACAUGCAUUGCAGUGUUUGGUUAUGUACGUCCGUUGAAAGAUAAAUUAUCUAUGUAUUGAAUUGCAAAAAAAGAAUAAGGGAAGUCAAUUGUAUCAGAACAAUUAUUACAAAUUAACAUUUUGUACUUAAAGCAGAAAUUUAAUGAAGACUUGUAGUCUUAUUUAUACAUUUUCCACAAAACUUUGAUGAAUGGACUUUUGUUCAGUAUUUUGUUCUUCCUGUAUUAUUGUUUGUGAAUGAAGCGGUUCAAGUGAAGGAUUAACGCUUCGUGUGCAAUGAUAGUUACUGUUGCUGGCUGUUCUGUGCUGGUUUUAUCUUGUGUUCGCUUGAUGGCAAAUAGGAAGUUCUCGCUCCGCUAAACCAAAAAAGGGAUACACAGUGCAUCAUGUCUUAUUGUGUCACCACAACCAGACCUGUCAGUACUCCCACAUUCUGCUUGGAGGCACCUCUUCUUCUCAAGCACCGAAGUUAAGCCGACCUCUCUGGGGUUGAGCACCGUGUGUGGAGGUUAUGGCGCAAGAAAGCGAGACAAAAAGGACACGUUUUUCUCUUGGUUUGUCAUUUUGGACAGAAGAGGACAUAUUUGCUCUGGAAGCAGAUGAACUGCUGGCCAUACUGUCUUCAGAACAGACUGAUGUUCAUUAUCGCUUCGGAAACAUCCGUGUAUUUAACAGAAUUAUCUUGGUUUGAUUUGAUGUUUUAUUGUCAAACACUAAAAAAUAUGGGGUUUGCUUCUUGGGCUUUCCUUCGUUUCUAAAGCUGUAUUAGAGUCUCCAUCUACUGUUGAUUAUACAGAAUGCAGAUGUUUUUUGAAUUGUGAUAACCGUACGUAUCAAAUAAGGGAAGCAUUUGACAUUCAGUGAAAUGACAGCACUUUGACGAUGCUGUAUCCAGACACAAUGGACUGAGUCAUUCCCCUCGGCAGGGAUGAUACUAUAAAGGGUACCGCUGCCACACUAACAGCUGUCUAUUACGGCCUGACAGUACUGUAAUCAUCUCAAGCAUGGCUGACUCAUAUAUUACUCAGUAUAUUAUUUUCACCAGUCGUGAUCACACCAAGAUGAAGACUAUUAACACUUGCUGAGAUUGCUGGUGUGUAUAUGUCCCUCUGCUCUUAAGUAUUCAGCCAUUCAGCUCUCUUCAGGUCUCAGCACCUCCACUCUUCCUCACAGGCACUCCCAACCCUUUAAGACCUGCUUUCACUUGGACCUACAACCAACUCAACUGGUGCUUCGACACACCUGACUGUAAUUCUUUGUCUCUUCUGUCACUCAAGAAAGGAGGAGGAAAUAAGCUUUAAGAUUUGCUAUUUUCUUGUGAAUAUACCUUUUUUUUUUUUAAUGAGGCGUUUGUGAUCAUGUGCCAUGCCACCUUGGCCACACAUGUCAAGAUCUGUAUGUGUGUGUGUGUGGGGAUGGUGAACUGAGUCAAGCCAGGAGACUUUCAAUCACACAUGGUUAAAGAUUAAAUGUCUAAUAUUAAUCUUCAUAUCUUUAAAAUUUCCAAAAUAUUGUUGUUUGCUGUUAUGUUCCGUAGACUUCUGGGGAAACUUCCUAAACAUUAAGUAUUUUGGUUUACAUUCAUAACUGUGAUGUUAAAUUUUUUUUUAAAAGAUAAGGCUUUAUUGGGUGAGCCAUACAGUAUACUGACCUCCUGUUAGGUCCUAUACAUAUCUCACAGAAUGUAAAAGAUGUUGUUCAUCCAGAAUCUUAUAAUAGCUGUAAAAAGGGGUGAAGAUAAAACAGUACCGUACUUGUCAUGCGAGGCCAUGAAAUCUUUUACGUAGAUGUAUCACUUGAAAGAAAAGAAUAAAAUUCAAAUACAGUGUUUUAUUUGACUCAUUUUGGAUGUUGCUUCUUGUUAUUUCACAUCAGAUGACUUUGAACUCCAAAUAAAAGUCUGAAUUUAUU